UAAACAGCGGUCUGUCAGCUGGGAGCCUCGCGGUUAAAAACACAUUUAAAAAACUCAACAUUUAAAUGAUAUUUUCGUGAAACUUUUACUGCCGAAUUUGACUUUUGUAUCUGUAGAAAUGUGCCGUCGCUGAUCUGUUUAUUUCCGUCUUUUCUUACGUGAAUUGUGAUGAGUUUUAGCGGCGUUGACGGAAACUUGAACGUCGUUUCCUCGCAGUUAGCCAUGCUAACGUCACAGUUAGCAGUAACGUUAAUGAUAUUACUUUAAUUAAUAUUCAUGGCUUAAUGACAACUUCGCGGUUUGUCGCAUUUAUCAUAAGCCUUAUUUAAAGUGACAUCUGUCUCACCGGGAGUCUACUGCGGGUUUGAGUUCAACUUUAUGGUGUGGAUGUGCCGCAUGACCAGCAGCAGAGCCGGUGAUGAACGCGGUCCUGGAGUCUGUUAUCAGAGGGAGCUCGUGUGUUCAGCUACCAGCCCAAAACUCAGUGAUGAUCUCUCAGCUCUUCAUUCUGUCCUCAAAGGGCGACCACCUCAUCUACAAAGACUUCCGCGGAGAAGCAGGAAGUGAUGUCAUCAGUGUUUUCUACGAGAAGGUCACAGCGCUGACCGGAGACCAACCACCCGUCGUCAUGAGUCACAAAGAUCUUCACUUCGUCCACGUCAGACAGGGAGGGCUGUACUGGGUCGCCACAACGACAGCUGACUCCUCCCCCUUCACCAUCAUCGAGUUCCUCAACAG